GGCGAUAUGUGCACGAGGCAGCAGCACAAACAGAUGAACUUUGAUUAUCCUGAGUUUUCAUAAGACUGCUGAAGUGCUGUGCGGGUUAGGAGCUGGGUGGGAGAGAGGAAAAGGUUUGUUUGUCCCUCAAAAAGAUAAAAGUCGAGGCUGAGUUUGAGCAACUUACGAAACGGGUUGGUGUGUAAAAAGUCGGGGCGUCGAUAUUUUUUUCUUGUUUUUUGGGUUACCACCUGACCUGGACUGUGAUUUUUUUUUGAAGGAGGACAACCACUGCACUUUUCUUUUACAACGUAGAAGCGUAAAUCGGGUCGCAUCCACGUAGCCCCUCCUCCUGCUGCGACUGACAGAAAGCCAAACACCAGAGAACUGCGCUCAGUUUGACACCAAACACAGAGACAGAGGGUCUCCAGAGGAUAGACGACCAGCAAACAGGACCGAGUGGGGAAGAAAGCAAGGACGACCUGACAUUUCUAUGAUUUUCUUUAAAGCGGUGUAGUGAUCGGACCUAACGUGUCCCUCUGAGAUCCUGUGAGUAAUGUCACAUCCCCAGAGGACACACGUGAAGUUAUGUGCUGUUGCACUAUGGAAGCUGUGAGUUAUAAACUUCUUAGUUCAGUAGGAUUCAGUAUGUUUACUUUGUUGGCUGAUUGAAGUGUGUACGUCUGCUAACCAUGGUUGAACCACUGGGGUUUUUGGAUGCGUGGAGAGCCCAGUUUCCUGAGUCGGAGCCUCCUGAAAUGGAGCUGAACUCGUUAGGGGACAUUGAACAGGAGCUGGAUAAAUGCAAGUCAUCCAUCAGGCACUUGGAGAAAGAGGUCAACAAGGAGCGCUUUCGAAUGAUCUACUUGCAGACUUUGCUUGCAAAGGAGAGGAAAUCUUACGAUGGUCAGCGAUGGGGAUUCAAAAAUCAGACAAACGACCAAGAACUGCCCAGUAACUCGGAAAAACUGAGGUCCUACCCUGACGAGGCACCGACAGAAGAGAGGGGGUCCGGCAAGACGCCCAGGAGAUGUCCUGACGAAGAGGUGGACGGUUCAAAACAGAAAGGAGGGGUGUCCCCUGUCCACAGAGAACCCGAGUCUCCUGACUUCCCAGUGGGRCCAGGCUCUGUGGCAGCUCUGAGGUCCAACUUUGAGCGCAUCAGGAGGGCCAACUCUCACACGGCCAGCGACCGAGGGUUYUCUGUGAUGGGGGGUCAGGAGAAACCCUGCUAUGUAAACCUGGAGUACCACCACGAACGAGGGUUGGUCCGAGUCAACGACAGGGAGGUCUCGGACAAGAUCAGCACCCUGGGCUGUCAGGCCAUGCAGAUGGAGCGAAAGAGGUCCCUGCACUCUCUGCCAGGGAACCUGUCCGCUGCCACGGGCGACAUCAGCAAGGCCCUUCAGAGAGGCCGGUCCACCGAGGGGAACUGCGGCUACAACGGGUCGCCUGAUGACCCCGAGGUUAGCUCACACUUCCAGAGAGACGGUGGGCUCAGGUCUAGUAGUGGGAAGUGCGACCGGCAGCCAGCYGAGUGUCAGCCUUACACCAGUGUGUACGUUGGAGGAAUGAUGGCGGACGGGGACACUCGAGUCAUCCACAUAAGGGACCACAGCAUAGAGGAGGACGCUCACCUCACCUGGCCCAGGCGCUCCUAUUCUCCUGGGAGCUUCGACGACGUGGGCGAAGGCUACACCCCGGACUGCAGCUCCAACGAGAACCUGACAUCCAGCGAGGAGGACUUCUCCUCGGGCCAGUCCAGCCAGGUGUCCCCCAGCCCCACCACCUACCCCAUGUUCAGGGACAAGAGCCGCUCGCCCUCCCAGCACUCCUUCGACAGCGGGAGCCCACCCACACCGCUGUCGCACAAGUGUCUGAAGCAGCAGGGCGUGACCUCCAUCGCCGGCGUCCGCAAAAGGGGCCAGAUGUGGCCCAGCGACGGGGACUCCACCACAUCCAGCAGGACCUCUCACGAUAACAGUGUUCAAGGAGAUCUGGACACUCCGUACAUCGACAACCCUCCAUCGUAUGGCUUUGACCCGGAGGAGCAGCAGCCUCGCCACGACCCUCUGUCCUUCUCUGGAUCUCCUUCCUCUUCACCACGGCUUCGCUCCAAGAACCGGAACAGCCGAGACACCCAGUCCUCUGGUUCUCUGGAGUCCACGCAGUCGGUGGAGCUGGACCAGGAGAAAGGACUAGAGAUGAGGAAGUGGGUUCUGUCAGGCAUCCUGGCCAGUGAGGAAGCCUACCUCACCCAGCUGGAGGCCCUGCUGAUACCCAUGAAGCCUCUGAAAGCUGCAGCCACAACUUCCCAGCCCAUGCUGACAAUCCAGCAAAUCGAGACCAUCUUCUUCAAAGUGCCUGAGCUACAUGAGAUCCACAAAGACUUCUACGAUGCUCUGCUGCCCCGGGUCCAGGACUGGAGCCAUCAGCAGUGUGUGGGGGACCUUUUCCAGAAGCUGGCCAGCCAGCUCGGAGUGUACCGGGCCUUUGUGGAUAACUAUAAGGUCGCUGUGGAGACGGCAGACAAGUGCUGCCAGGCAAACGCUCAGUUUGCAGAGAUAUCUGAGAAUCUCAAAGUAAAACACAUAAAGGACUGCAAGGACCAGUCGGCUAAACAUUCACUGGAAACUCUCCUCUACAAGCCCGUGGACAGGGUGACCCGCAGCACACUUGUUCUCCACGACUUACUGAAGCACACUCCCUCCAGCCAUCCAGACUACCCACUGUUACAGGACGCCCUGCGCAUCUCCCAGAACUUCCUGUCCAGUAUCAAUGAGGAGAUUACCCCGCGCAGGCAGUCCAUGACUGUGAAGAAAGGAGAGAACCGACAGCUGCUGAGAGAUCGUUUCAUGGUGGAGUUACUCGAGGGUUCGAGGAAACUUCGUCACGUGUUCCUCUUCACCGACCUGCUGCUCUGCACCAAACUGAAGAAACAAGCAGCGGGUAAAGGGCAACAGUACGACUGRAAGUGGUACAUCCCGCUGGCUGACCUGACCUUCCAAACUAUCGACGACUGCGAGGCCUGCCCAAUCCCUCUGGUUCAGGAUGAAGAGAUCGAUGCAAUGAAGAUCAAGAUUUCCCAGAUCAAGAAUGAGAUUCAGAGAGAGAAGAGGACAACCAAAGCGUCCAAGGUAAUGGAACGACUGAGGAAGAAACUAUCCGAACAGGAGUCUCUGUUGCUUCUCAUGUCUCCCAACAUGGCCUUCAGAGUGGCCAACAGAAACGGAAAAGGUUUUACUUUUUUAAUUUCCUCUGAUUAUGAGCGAGCAGAGUGGAGGGAGAUCAUUCGCGAGCAGCAGAAGAAGUGCUUUAAGAGCUUCUCUUUGACCUCGCUGGAGCUGCAGAUGCUCACUAAUUCAUGUGUGAAGCUCCAAACGGUCCACACCAUUCCAAUGACCAUGAAUAAGGAAGAUGAUGAAUCUUCUGGUUUAUACGGCUUCCUGAAUGUGAUUGUCCACUCUGCGUCUGGGCUGAAGCAGAGCUUAAACCUGUACUGCUCCCUGGAGGUGGACUCUUUUGGCUACUUUGUCAACAAAGCCAAAACGCGUGUUUACAGAGACUCUACAGAGCCCAACUGGAACGAGGAGUUUGAGAUUGAGCUGGAGGGCUCUCAGACGCUGCGCCUGCUGUGUUAUGAGAAGUGCAGCAGCAGAACCAAGCAGAGCAAAGAGGAAGGAGAGAUCACAGACAAGAUAGUGGCUAAAGGACAAAUAAAGCUGGACCCUCAGACGCUCCAGAAUAAAGACUGGCAGAGAACCGUCAUCACCAUGAAUAGAGUGGAGGUGAAGCUUUCGAUGAAGUUCACCAGCAGAGAGUUCAGUCUGAAGCGAAUGCCUUCACGCAAACAGUCGGGCGUGUUUGGAGUGAAGAUCAACAUCGUCACUAAGCGGGAACGCUCCAAAGUCCCGCUGAUUGUUCGUCAGUGUGUAGAGGAGAUCGAGCGACGAGGGAUGGAGGAGGUGGGGAUCUACAGAGUGUCUGGUGUCGCAACGGACAUCCAGGCGCUCAAGGCUGCCUUCGACUCAAACAAUAAGGACGUGUCACUCAUGAUGAGGGAGAUGGACGUAAAUGCCAUCGCUGGAACACUGAAGCUGUAUUUCCGCGAGCUUCCUGAGCCUCUCUUUACCGAUGAGCUGUACCCCAACUUUGCUGGAGGCAUCAGUCUCUCUGAUACUGUGGCUAAGGAGAGCUGCAUGCUCAACCUGCUGCUGUCUCUGCCAGAGACUAAUCUGGUGACUUUUCUUUUUGUUCUAGACCACCUAAAAAGGGUGGCUGAAAACGAGAGCAUCAACAAGAUGUCUUUGCACAACCUGGCCACAGUUUUUGGUCCUACUUUGCUUCGACCGUCUGAAAAAGACAGCAAAACCCCAACCAGCUCCCAGCCGAUCUCAAUGAACGACAAUUGGUCUCUUGAAGUCAUGUCUCAGGUGCAAGUCCUCCUCUACUUCCUUCAGCUGGAAAGCAUUCCAAUACCCGACAGCAAACGUCAAAGUUUUCUCUUUUCUACUGAAGUAUGACAGAAACACAGUGAACCUGCURUGAAAUGUCCCACUGAGCUGCCUGAAGAGCCGGAUGCUGCUCAGCAGCAAAGACUCUGCUAUGCUUCUGUUAGCCACCAGGUGGRAGCAGAGAGGUUGUAGAAACUGGGAGCAGCCACAGUGCUCAGAGCCAUUUAUGUGGAGGGAGAUGAAAGGAACGUGCGUUCUGUUUACUUAAACCUGCUGUGUCUGUAAAAGACAUCCCUUUAAGAUGUAUGGAUAUCAUUCCUUUUUUAAUUUAAUUCAGAUUUGAAGAAGCAAUACUUACUGUACUUUGAUGUUUUGAUGCCCUGUUCUGUCUGUGCACAUUAUCUCCUUAUACAGAGGGGUACUUCUGCUGUUUCUGGAAUUUUUUUAAGCUUUAUUUUUUGCAGUAAAUGGAUGGUUGGAUAAUGAAAUAGAUUUUUUCUUUACUAUAAGCUUUUUGUUUCUUUUCUUAAACCAUCUGACAUUGUUUCAAGUUCACCUGUGCCAAUGGUCCCCUGUCYAUGGCCAAUAGAAACUUUCCGUUCUCCUAAUGUUUACACUCUGAGUUUUGUACAGAUUUAAAAGUAAGAGACUAAAGCUGUAGUCGACACACAGCAACAUGCAGGCAUGUUGAGCUGAGCUUUUCUUUUCUGUGUUGUUUCUUCUAGUGGUGUCUGAAUGGACUUUAAAGUGAAUAUGAAGGAAGCAGAGAGAUGAAAGGAAAAUCAUUUCAAAUCAACAACAAAAAACAUUUCUUAACGCUUCUUUUGUGGAAUGUAUGCUGWGCCGUUUGUAGUUUCAUUUUUAAAGAAGCAUUUCUUUUGGUGCAGUUACAAUUUUGGCCACAGUUUUUUUUUAGAUCUUUUUCUGAAACUUUUAUUCAGCUGCUUUGUUUUUGAUCUUCCUCCAUACUUUUUGUCAUUCAGUUACAAAAUGACACAUCUGACGGACGUUCCAAGUGCAGCYUUUCACUCGUAAUAUUACUCCUAUAUUCUCACCUGCACACACUGUGUACAUGCAAUCUGUUUUCUUGUCACUACAAAUAGUCAAACACAAGCUGUAACCCUGAAAGCUUUGAUUCGUGUUUAAAAAAGCAAUAAUUCUUAGUUAUAUUAAAGAUGACCACUGUGUCAUGUAUGUAUGAUUUAUGUAAAUAAAAACUUAAAGCAGAGCCUC